GAAAGAACAGUCAACUAGCAGUCAACAGCCGCCGGACAGCUUCGAAGUGACGGAGAAAAGUACGCGUUUUUGAGUAGAGGAAAAAGUUGCGCUAGCUAUCCAAAAUUCCGGAAAAUGAGCUCGUCGGUGAUGUUAUUCGCAUGUUCGAAGUGUUUUUCACGUCAUCCGUUCGAGGAAUUGUCUCCGGGCCAGCAGCUUUGCAAGGAUUGCCGCGGAUCGUUCCCGAUUGUAAAAUGCACAUAUUGCCGCACCGAAUUUCAGCAAACGAGUAAAGGAAGUACAGCAGCGGUUUGUAAAAAAUGUGAGCAAAAUGUUAAACAAUACGGAAAACCAUCCGCUUGUGGACUUUGCAACAUCAUCGCGGCUUUCAUCGGAUCCAGAUGCCAAAGGUGUACAAACUCCGAGUUAAAGUAUGGACCGGCGGUAAAUUGCGAUCAGUGCAAACAACGAUGUGCCUUUAGUAGGCCUGACUAUAAGGUCGACGGCAAGCUGCUAUGUUGGCUGUGUACGCUGUCCUACCGGCGUGCGCUAACCAAGGCACGGCAAGCGGAAAGUGAUCGCAGACGAGCCAAGAAGCGCGGCGCCGAGAGUGGCCCUCCAUCGGGUCAGCCGGCGCAAAUGCCUGGGGCUCAGGGUGGAGGAGGGAGCGGCAAUACCGUGCCCUUAGGACCGAGCGGGCACUCCAGUAGCCGCGGUGGAGAUCGUGGUCAAUCGGACAAAAGCAACAACAGUAACGCGAGCAAUCGUGGAAUGUCUACGCUGCCACCAUUGGGAGAUAUUAACAUGAGUUCGGGACCACCGGACAUGCCCGACAAUGCUCCUUCAAUAGGAUCGGCUGCAGGUGGGAUCAGUACUGGCGGGCUAGAUCGCCCAGAUAAUGCCAGAAAUGAUAGUAGUCGUCAUUCGUCUAGCAAGAAAGCUCGCACCGAACAUCAUCACAAAUCGAUGGUUCCAGAAAUUCCGGAAAAGGUGGUGAAAAGUGCUAAUAGCGGAUAUGUCGAUCCCCACAGCUCAGAUCAUGUUAUUGCAAUGACGCAACUUAAAGAAACGAUAGCCACUUUGCAGAGAAAAAUGAAACAAAAGGACGGCGUCAUUCUUGAGAAGGAAAAAGAGAUCAGCGCCUGGAAAGGAAAGCAUUUAUACUUAGAACAGGACUUGAUGCGAAAAUACAAAGAUAUGGAAAAGAACUAUGAGUUCAAGGUUGAUGUUUUAAAUAAAAAAUUGAAGUCACAGUUGCUGGAAAUUGCCCAACUGUCCAAGGCAGCAAAGGAUGCAACAGAGAAGAAAAAGAAACCGAUUGGCUUUUUAACAACUACAAAGCUUCACAAACUAAAACCGGAAACGAAGGAGAAAGAGCGCGAUAAAGUUAUCAGUCGUAAUCGUAUAGCCGACGAUGACGACGAAGAAGAGAAGGAAGAUAAAGACAGCGACAAGGCUUCGGAUAAGGGAGAAUCUGGAAGAAAUACGCCUAAAGAAAUUGGAAAGGAUAGUCCACGCGAUGUCGAUUCUGGAAAAGAAAGUCCUCGUGAUUCUGACAAGGAAGACGACAAGGAGGAGGAGCUUGAGAAGAAGACAAUCAAGGAUAAUGAAGUCGCAAUGGAAAAAGAUGACGAACAGGGCAAGAGUAACGGAUCUACUAAAGAAGGCGAGGAUUCGGACAAAGAAAACGACGAUAGGAAGGAUGAAGAAAAAGAAUCCGAGAAAAACAAAGAAAAGGAUAGUAACUUCGAACAAGGUUCUGAUAAAGGAUCCCGACGAAAUUCUGAACAGGGUUCUGAUAAAGGAUCUCGACCAAAUUCUGAACACGGUUCUGAUAAGGGAUCAGACAACGAAUCCGAUAAAGAUUCCGAUCAUGGGUCGGAUAAGGACUCUGAUCGAGCAUCGGCAAAAGGAUCUGAUCGCGGUUCUGUCAAAGGAUCCAAUCGAGGAUCUGAUCGUGGAUCUGAUAAAGGUUCGAAUAGAGGAUCUGACAAAGGUUCGAAUAGAGGAUCUAAUCGUGGUUCGGACAAAGGUUCGAAUCGCGGUUCGGACAAAGGAUCGGAUCGUGGUUCGGACAAAGGGUCUGAUCAUGAAUCGGACAAAGAUUCAGAUGGCGGUUCAGACAAAGGAUCUGAUCAUGGUUCAGAUAAAGGAUCUGAUCAUGGUUCAGAUAAAGGGUCUGAUCAUGGUUCAGAUAAAGGGUCUGAUCAUGGAUCAGACAAGGGAUCUGAUCAUGGUUCCGAUCGUGGCUCGGAUCACGGCUCCGAUAAAGGGUCAGAUCAUGGAUCAGAUAAAGAAAGCGACAAUGAAUCAGAGGACCGGUCUGCAAAAGGCAGCGAUAAGGAUAGUGGAUCCGAUAGCGGUUCCGAUCGGGACAGCGAUCGUGAUUCAGAUUAGAAUGCAUUUGCAGUAAACAGGAAACCGUUCUAUCCCAAGUAGUUCAAUAAAAGUGUUAUCCUCAGACAUCAGUUUAGUAUAGAGUUAGGCAUUUAACCAUUCGUUGUUUAUUUCAUGUCGCGUAUGUCUGUUGCAAGUCCAAUACUGUAUCAAUUUCUUUGCGCUAUAUUUUGUUCAAGCAUCUGUACUAGGUUUUUAAUUUAAAGCAAAACUAGAAAUAGAUGUUUGUAAGAUAAUAUUAUAAUAGGUUUGAGAAACUAAAUGUAAAAUUUUAAUCAUCGUCAACAGCAAGCGGGUUUAAACACAAGUCUACCCAGCAGAAAAAUAGCUCAAACAUUUACCGGUCAAAUCAACAGCAUUGAUAAUAGAAAAUGUCAUUGCAUGUUAGGCAACUGUCUAUUCGGUUCUUUUUUACAAUCAUAAUCUACACAUGAUGUUAAACAAAUUCUUACGAUGAGUUCUUGAAAUAAUUUAAACGAUAAUAUUAAGCUUUUUCUCCUCCCAACAUCGAUUAGAACAGUAAGAAACAUCUUAUUAAUGAAAACAUUGUAAUGAGACGUAUACUUAAAUUCUGAAAUAAAUAAGAGCUAGAAGAGA